UAAGCGCUAAGAACAACCGUUUUAGAAUCAAACAGUGGACAACUUUACAGUUUGAAUCAUAUUUUUAACAACAGCUCACACAUACGGAAGAUGAUUAAGUUUCUCAUUUUGAUUUGCUUCUUUGCCAUGGCAUUUGCGCGUCCUGGUUACCUGCACUCGGCGCCCAUCCUAACCACCUACCGUGAGCAGCACGUUGCCGCGCUGCCUGCCGCAGUGCAUAUCGUGGAACCAUUGGUGACCACACACCAAAUUGUAACACCCUUGCUGCGUGGCGCCAUACUCAACCAUGGCUUGCACUGAGCCACCAAGCCGCAGGAGUCACGGACUGAAUGGGCAGCAGCAGAAAAAAUAUAUAGCUAAAAAAAAAAUGGAAUUACCUUAAACGCCUAUUAAACAAAGC